GCUGUCAUGGCGUCGGAGGCGCUGGCUGAGGAGAACCCGCCGCGGUCUCUUUAGAGCGAGGGGCGGGCGGCUGGGUAUGGAGAGCGGCCCCGAGAGCCUGCAGCCGCUAGAACAAGGGGUGGCCACCGGGCCUGCGCCAGGGACAGCUUCUCCGCAGGAAGGGCGACAGGAGACCAGGCUCGCCGCUGGGGAUGGUCCCGAAGUAUGGGCGGCGGAGAGCAGCGGCGGGAAUGGGCAGGGGGCGGCGGCCGCCGGGAGGAGCCUCGCGGACGCGGUUUCUCCCUCCAGCUCUCCUCAGGUUCCCCGACCCCGCAGCUCUUUCCGGGGCUUGGACUUGCAGGAGAGCGAUUUGGAGAGUCCUGCUGCUCAGAAGGUGCCUCUGAGAGGGCAGCACAAGGUGACCGCCUCCCCGGAGACAGCCGAGGCCGGAGCCGGCCACGGGUUGGGUCCUGCGGGAGACUCGGGCGCCCGGCCUCAUCCCGCCGGCACCUGCCGACCGGAGUUGGUGGCCUCGGGCUCCGAAGAGCCCAGCAGCGCUGGCGGCCUCAGCAGCAGUUGCAGCGACCCGAGCCCUCCCGGGGAAUCGCCGAGCCUGGACUCCCUGGAGUCGUUCUCUAACCUGCAUUCUUUCCCCAGUAGCUCCGAGUUCAACAGUGAGGAAGGAGCUGAGAGCAGGGUCCCCGAGGAGGAGGAGGGCGGCGCGGCGGUGUUGCCCCGGGCUGUGCCUCUGUGCAGAGGGGAGGAAGAGGAGGAGGGGGAGGCAGCUCAGGUGCUCGCGGCCUCCAAGGAACGCUUCCCGGGACAAUCUGUCUAUCACAUCAAGUGGAUCCAGUGGAAGCAAGAGCACACACCCAUCAUCACUCAGAAUGAGAACGGACCCUGCCCUUUGCUGGCCAUCCUCAAUGUUUUGCUUCUGGCCUGGAAGGUGAAACUUCCACCGAUGAUGGAAAUCAUAACUGCUGAACAGCUGAUGGAAUAUUUAGGAGAUUACAUGCUUGAUGCAAAGCCAAAAGAAAUUUCAGAAAUUCAACGUUUAAACUAUGAGCAGAAUAUGAGUGAUGCUAUGGCAAUCUUACACAAACUACAGACAGGCUUGGAUGUAAAUGUAAAAUUCACUGGUGUUCGAGUGUUUGAAUAUACACCAGAAUGCAUAGUAUUUGAUCUUCUUGAUAUUCCUUUAUACCAUGGGUGGUUAGUAGACCCUCAGAUUGAUGACAUUGUAAAAGCUGUUGGUAACUGCAGCUACAACCAACUAGUGGAGAAGAUCAUCUCUUGUAAGCAGUCAGACAAUAGUGAGCUGGUUAGUGAAGGCUUUGUAGCUGAGCAGUUUCUAAAUAACACAGCCACUCAACUGACAUACCAUGGAUUAUGUGAACUAACCUCAACGGUUCAGGAAGGAGAACUUUGUGUGUUCUUUCGGAAUAAUCAUUUUAGCACCAUGACCAAAUACAAGGGUCUACUGUAUUUGCUAGUAACAGACCAGGGGUUUCUUACUGAAGAAAAAGUUGUUUGGGAAAGCCUACACAAUGUCGAUGGUGAUGGAAAUUUCUGUGACUCAGAAUUUCAUCUGCGGCCUCCUUCAGAUCCUGAAACUGUAUACAGAGGACAGCAAGAUCAGAUAGAUCAGGACUAUCUUAUGGCAUUAUCUCUACAACAAGAACAGCAGAGUCAAGAGAUCAAUUGGGAACAAAUACCUGAAGGAAUCAGCGAUUUGGAACUAGCAAAGAAACUCCAAGAAGAAGAGGACAGACGGGCCUCUCAGUAUUACCAGGAACAAGAACAAGCAGCAGCCACUGCCGCUUCUACUUCUGCUUCUACACAGGCUCAGCAAAGCCAGCCAGCACAAGCCUCUCCAUCAAGUGGAAGACAAUCUGGAAAUAGUGAACGUAAACGAAAGGAACCUCGAGAAAAAGAUAAAGAAAAAGAAAAGGAAAAAAAUAGCUGUGUUAUUUUGUAACAAGUGUUGGAUUUUAUUGGAACCAUCUACAUGUCUUGAGAAACAAAACCACAGGAGGAAAGGAAGAAAAACCGAUAAAAUACCGUCUGUGCCUGAUUUCCCAAUGGAUUUUGUUCAUGUUUUUCAGGGGAAAGGUUGUUACUUAGCUACAAUCAGACUUUUUCAAGUCACACAGUACACUAUUUAUGAGCUGGAGUUUCAUGUUACAAGUUGGAAAUGCUGUGUGUUGUCAUUCAUGAAAAAUACUGCACUUGUAGCCAAUUAAGCAAAUCACAGCAAAUUUUGUGUCAUAGUGACAUUCAUAACUCAUAUCAGUUAGUAAGCUAUUUUAUCUUCUGUUCUAACAAUGAAUGGAGGUAAUUAAUUGAUUUUGUCUGAUUCCUUCCUGAAAUCUAAAUAUUAGCACAAUAAUUUCUGAAAUUAAUUUUUACAAUGUUAAAUUAUGAUCCUAAUCCACAAUAAACCAGGGGUUUAAUAUAGGAAUUUAAAAAGAAAAAAAGACAAAAAAUAACAAGAAUAAAUAACUCUUAAUUGUAUAUUGGACUAGUUCAGCCCUUGAACAGCUUUACCUUUCUUUAGGAAUAUACAUUUUAGAUAUUAUCGUGAAAACUGAUAAUGGAGCUUGGAUUUAAUUAGAUAGAAAAAAUAAAGAUUUGUAUUUCUUUUCCAAUAGCAAAAAAAUUAUGUAACACUAAUACUCAUAUCCUAGCAAAAUCAGAUAUUAUGACUUUGUAGUAUUGUGAAAUUUUGAGGAAUUUUGAAAUCUUUAGCAUAGGUAACUUGGACCACAGUUACUUUUACUGACUGUAAUAAGUGAGAGCAAGAAGGAAACCACAGUGGAUGCUGGGCUUUGUAAAUAGGGGGAUGUAGAAAAGCAAAUAGUUCAAUGUCUACCUUUUUCUAGAAUUACCUUGAACCUUAAAAUUUAAAUCAUGUUUAUUUGCUAGAAAAUUAAGUAUACUUAUUAAAACCAACAAAAAAAGCACAUUUCUGAAAGGAAGUUAGAUAAUCUCUGAGUCUAAUAAAAAAGCUGUAAUAAAAAUCUGUUGGAGGAAUUUAUAUAAAAGCAAUCAGAUUUUUUUAACUUAUGGGAACCAAAUAAACCUAUAACAUCUUGUAGUGUUUGUAGGAUUCAGAAAGAAUAUUUAUUGAACUUUAUCAUGAGGCAACACAUAUAUUUCUGUAUUUCUAGAUAUAGUUUGGAAAACUAUCCUUAAUCCCUUUUAUAUGCUUUAUAUUUAAAAGUUUGUUUUAGUCAUUUUUGAAAUGACUAUUGCUGCUGCAAGUAGUUAUGUGAUUUACAUUCUAAGCCUCAGUAAAUUUGUUUUAAGAGCAUCAAUCUAACCUGAGCAUCCACUUGGAGAAUGUUUUUUGUGGUCUGGGUGACAAUAGACUACAAAAAAAAAAGUGGUCUAGACUGCUUAAGCUAUGUCCUUAACAUUCUCUGUGAUCCAAGAGGAUUAGUCUACAUGUAAAAAGUAAAGUCUUAUUUAUGGAAGGAAUUAUUCUAAGGGAAAAAUCCAGGGUCAAGCUGUAUCUUUUAUGUCUUAUGUAUUGCGUGUCUGUUUAUGUUACACCAUUUGUUAUUCCUCAGAUUUCCUAUGCUAGCACUAUAAUCACCAGAGAAGCUGUUUGGGGUAUGAAAGUUUGACAUAAAGUAUGCAUACAUUGGUAAAGUAACCAAAUGUACUACAGAAUUCUCUGUAGGCUCAAACAAGUUGACCUUAGUCCAGGUUCACUGUUGAUAACACUCUGGUUGAAGGAGGAGGCUAAAACCUCAGGUUUGUUUUUCCCCAGACAGAUAGUAGUGACAGUGCAUUAUAUUUUAAUAAGAAAAAAACAAAACAGUAAAUCCUGAGAAAUUUAACAAAGCAUAUUUGAGGCAUAUUUUCCCAUAAUUAUAUACUUAUCUAUUUAUUACCCUUGAAAAACAUAUGUGAAGUUAUUCUGCUGUUUGCUACUGUCUUCUUAAUUUGUUCCAAAGAUAAUACUGCCGUUCUCCAUUCCCUUUGGAAGAAAAAAACACCACUCAAACGCAGCAGUGCUAUCAGAUAAGUAGAUGUUAAUGUAUACAUAUAAGAAGUAACUAAAACAUGUAAUGUGUUUGUUAAGUCAGCCUUUUUCUAUGUAAUAUUUCCAAGUCAGAUUUUCUUACAUUCCUGGAAUGUUUGAUAUACCAAGAAUAAUGAUGAUAAAAUGUUUGCUUUGAUUACUGCGGGGGCGAAAUUAAAUGUUCAAUUCUAUUAAAACAAAGAAAAUUCUUGGAGAUACUGGUUUCCCAUCCUUGAAGGUUAUAAAGAAUUUAGAGCUAUUGUGUCUUUAUUAUAUUUUGCUCAAGGCAACAAAUUAUACUCAGACAUUUCAUUACUGGUUUGGGUAUAUUGGAAUUUGAUAGUGGUAUAUUAAAGUCUUUCCUUCACAGUAUUUUGCAGUACUUGAAAGUUGUUACGUGUAUACUGCUAGCAGCAGUUAAAACUCAAACAUUUUUGUUUUUAAUAUUUAUAGGCUAGAUUAGGGGCACAUUUGCAUCAGCCAAUCACCAUUACAGCUAGCAAAAGAGGCACAUGAAUGAAUGAUAUGAUCACUGCACUUUCUUGUACUUUCAAAACCUGUUCCUUAAGGUUAGUGACCAGUCUUUAUUAACAAGGUGAAUUGUCUUCCUGUGUAAUCCCAUUGAAUCAACAGUGCUAUGAUAAACAAUAGGCUUUUGACAUUUCAAAGUACUUGUUUUGUAUUUCUAAAGCAAGGAUCCAUGCUUCUGUUAGAUUCUGAAAGGAAUCUGGGGAUUUUUCCUCAAAUUUAAGAGUCAACAUUUUAAGAAUACACACACUGGGCAGCUUGAGGCAGCUAACAUCGGCAGUGGCUGCUUCCUGUGAGGUGCUGGUCCACUGUGCCUGGGGAAAGGAACGCUGCCUCCGGGCGGCGGGGCGGCAGGUAAAUGAGGAUAGAUUUAAGUUCAGGAUUAGACUUUGGGGUAUAUUUUGUUCUAUGUCUAGUCUAGUAUUUGUCUAGUCUAGUCACAUGUCUAGUAUUUGACUACUUAUCCCUUAUGUUUUGAAUUCAUCCUCAUACUUCUUGAUCUUAGUUUAAUGAAGCAAGUUAGUGUCAGAGAUUAGUUGGCUGAACCCAAUAUUAACCACUUUGUACUUGCACAGAAACUUAUUUUGUUUUUAAUGAAUCACCACCUCAGUUCACUAAGAGACAAGAUCUUGAGAGGAAAGGACUAGAAGUCAGAUAGAUACUGAAGGAAAGAAUUACUGUGGUCCCUGUAUUAAUGUAGGCAUAUGAAGCAGAAAAAUCGAGGCAAGAAUUCCCAGACUGUCCUAAAACAAUCUCAUUUAUUUAAAAAAAAUUUUUUUUAAGCAAAAAGCAAACUUUCUUAUUCAAUAUGCCAGUUAUUUAAAGAUGGAAAGCUAUGGGCUUUACCUAUCACACAACACUUGAGCAUACAACUGAAACUAUAAUUGUAAACUUAUGUUUGAUAGAGGCAUUGAAGAUAGUAUUCAAGUUAUAUUUUAAGGAACUGGAAAUGUUGAAUUCUGAAUCAUUUUAUGUCUAAAACCUGACUCUUAUCUGGCCAUGGUAAAACUUUCUGUGCCUCAGUUUACUCUAUGUAAAUGAUACUUACUUUUUUAGUGCUUUGCACUCCUGAAUAAAGGGCAUAGUAUAAGCACAAAGUAUUACUUAAAUAAUCAUAAAUAUUACACAUCUUUUGUUCUUGAAUGUGCAGAUUUUUUCCGCGAUGACAAUAUUUCCUAAGCCAGUUUUUUAAUGCUGUCAAAAUUUGUAGAACUAUCUUGCCUUUGAGUAUGGCAUCAUCUCUUCUCAAAAUGUAGUUUACAGUUGCUGUUGUGUUCUGUGGACUAUAGGGUCAAAAUUGAGUAUUUGGGGAGAAUAAAAACAAACAUUUUAUUUUUUCCAAGACCUUUCAUAUAUCUAAAUAUUUAGUCUCUGCCUUUUCCUCCAUGGGAUGAAGUACAGUGGUAUUAGGUUACUAAUACUAUAUAUGUAAACUUUAUUGCAUGGAUGGAAUUCGUUUAGAUCUCUCUCUCAAAUACUGUCAUUUUUAGGGCUAUUUACAUUAUUUGGUUUUUAGCAUAAAAUGUUAUUUGAUAAUGUGCAGUUAAAUUCCAUUUAGAAAGUGACUGAAAAUGGUAAAGGAACUCAUCAGAAUCAGAGUUCUUAGGUUCUCUGUUAAUUUAGUGUCAUUUCUUUUAAUGAUGUCCAACAUUUCUGAAGCUAUUAGGAAAAUAUGAAGAAUUGAGGUUAUUCUUCUUGGGUGACACUAUAAAACAAAGUAGAAGUUAAAAUAGGAGGCUUCCUGGACAAAAUAAAUCGCAAAAUAGAGAUAAUGGAAUCUGAGUGACAAAUUACAAGACCCUGAUAAAUUUAACUUUGAGGAUCUAUCUAAAUUUUAACUCCUGCAGGUACCUUACCUAAUUCUUGUGUUUCUUCUGUUAAAUUAGAGUUUAAUAAAUUGAUACACAUGUAUAUUUUUACAUGAAGGACUCUAGUGUCUAAUUUCACUUCUAUCUCAAAAACAUUAAACUCAAAAACAGGGUAAAAAUCUUCAACUACUGCUGCAAGUUCAGCUUCAUAUUAUUGUUCCGAGAAAGGAGAUUUGACUUGUCUGCCUAUAACAGAUUUUUUUAGGGCAUGGCACAAUCCCAGAUAAGAUGUCAAAAUACCAGGGCAGAAAUACAAAACCUAAGUUAUAAACCACAGUAGAUUAAAGGACAAAAAUUGUAUUAUUUUUCUACAAAAGUCUCUCUACUUCGUCAGAUAUUAGUUCUACGAAUUUCUUCAAAUCAUGUAGUAAUUUGUCACCAAUAUCUUUAAAAACUUUAUAUCCAUCUUUACUGUAAUAUCCUGCUUUGAGAGGCAGGGAUGCCUCCUAGAUUAGAAAAUGCACAAAGCAAAAUUCUGAAGGUGAUCCUGACUUCUUAGGCUUUAGUAGAUAAGCUUUAAUUAGGAAGUCAGGAGACUAAAUUGUCCAUUUAAAUUCCCAAAUCAGCCACCUGUCCAAAUGAACAUUAUAACAAAUGGCCCAACUGAGCAAUUCUAACUAAUGGGAUGUGUUUUAAGACCAAGAAUGGCACUUAAUCUUUGAAGCGAUGUCCUGUGUGUCUCCCAAUUUUCUUAGUUUUUGUUCCUUUUCACAUCUUAAUUCCGCGAAAUAAUUUUUUUAAGAGUACAUAGGAUAUCUAAGCUUUACAGAUUUUUAAAGAUGAGGAUUUGAAAAGCUUCCAAUGGUUUUCAUUAAAAGGCUUUAUCUUCCUCAAUAAAAUUACUAUUGUUUUCACAGAUCUGGACAUCACAAAUAAGACAAUAUGAUAGAAGAUUGAUGCGUGAUUGCUACACAACAGUCAGCAAAAGGCAUAAUCUUCACUUGUGAAACUUCAGAGGAAACCUAAAAGUUCUUUCCUAAAGUUAGUGCAUGUGAGUCUUUCUCCAUGAAUUGCGCAGAAUAAUUGAAUUGCCACAUAGAUUUGGGGGAAUAGCAAGUGAAUUGGUGUAAAGACGGCAGAAAAAGUGAUUUUGAAAUAUAGCAAAAAGAAGAAACAAGUUUUCCCCCUCUACUUUACUGUUGGACUAUUUGGGUCAAGAAGUUGCUAUGAUAUAUUAGAGAUCUCUUUGUGUCAGACCAAGAUUGGCCAAUGGAAACGGAGUUCUCAAAGAGUUUAAAUAUAUUGUGUAUGAGUGUCCAUUUUUUCUCCUUUCUUUUACCAUCUCAUUGCCGUUCCUACUUCUGAAAUAAUUCACCUGCCUUGCUUUAUGACCAGCUUGAAUUCCAGUUUAAGAAUAAUAGCAACCCUAGAGCUGAUAGGAAAGAGCACUGAAACAUUUUUUUAAAAUAAAGACACCUUAAAGCAUCUACCCAACUUAGAGUUGAACUGAAUUUCUAUGAAAGUUACUGUCCUAAAUACUAAUUAUGCUAAAACUAUUUAAUUCUAAAAACUAUGUCUUAAGCUUCAAAAAUUUCACUUUUGGAGGAUAUUCCUAAAAAAAGGCAUACUGAACAUAGAUGGGAAAGUAUAAAAUAUUUCUGACAAUUAUUCAGUAUUAUUCAACAUUUAAUUUCAUGUUUGUUACUGUACCACAAAGAUGGUGUCAUUCUUGGAUUUUAAAAUGUUGGAUUUCUUGUUAAUAUGCUUAAAACUGUAACCAGUGAUAACACCCUUAGUAUUUUUAUUAUAGAUUAUAUUUUAUUUCAAUAAACUUUGAUAUUUAGACCAAA